GAUCCCUCUUUCUCUCUCUUGAUGAAGAAAAAAAAUUUAUUACAACUCACGGGCAAGCUCUUUCAGAUUUUUUAAUGUUCAAAAAAGAGUAUCCACAAAACCUAUAUUUAUAUAUAGAACAAGCCAAACAAGAGCAUAAAAACAUCUUGACACACCUCAGUACAAGUUGUGGUGGAGAUCCAUUUUCUUUCACCCAAAAACAGCGACAAAAUUCAAAUUAAUAUAUUCUACACUUAUUGUUAUCUGUUCAGUCUUUUCACUGGAAGGAAGAAAGAAUUUGCCGGCUGGAAGUAAGGAAAUUAACUGCAACUCUGCAUGCUAAAGAAUUGAAUCUAUACGCAUCAAACUCUGGAUUCAUGCUUGCUGUGUCACCUUUGAGGAACACCAACAAUGAAAGGGAAAGUGAGAUGGAGGCUUUCUCCAUGGGAGGUGAUGAAUUCCCUGAUAUUUCCAGUGGGAGUUUACUUGACAGUAUUGAUUUUGAUGAUCUUUUUGUUGGGAUCAACGAUGGAGAUUUGUUGCCUGAUCUGGAGAUGGACCCUGAAAUUCUUGCUGAAUUUUCACUUAGUAGUGGGGAAGAAUCGGAGAUUAAUACAUCAACUCCUGUAUCAGUGUCAGUUGAGAAAGUAGAUGAGGGUGGGGUCGAAAAAUCAGCCUCGGAUACUGGUUCGGAGUCGAGCUUGAUUAUUGAAAAGGAAUCUGUGAGUAAGAGAGAAGAAUCAGCUGUAGUUAAUCAAUCUCACAAGGAAGCUGAUAAACGAGGAAAAUCCUCGGCACAAUCGAAAAAUCAACCGGGCAAGAGGAAGGUGGAUUGGACACCAGAGCUACACAGGCGUUUUGUGCAAGCAGUGGAGCAACUGGGUGUGGAUAAGGCUGUGCCUUCAAGGAUUUUGGAGCUUAUGGGGAUUGAUUGUCUCACUCGCCAUAACAUUGCCAGCCAUCUUCAGGUAUUCAUGUGAAUCUACAUACUUUAAUUUCCUCUCAUGUUUAUGCUUAAGAUUUGUUCGUUUCUUAUUCUUCUUAUUUUCGGUUUUCUUUUGCAUAUGGUAUUGAAAGUCUUCAUCAAAUCGAUAUCGCUUUUGUUGAAGGGCUAGAUCUAAUUAUAGGGCAUGGUGAUUAUGCAUAAAUUAGCUCUAUUUUGCAUUGAAAUUUUUAACAAUUUUCAACACAUCUAUACAGUAUCCAAGAAUUGAAAUGUACCAGACGUUGAAAUAACAUAGAGAAGUUUGGCA